GAAUUUAAGAAUAAUGACAUUAACAUUACAUAAUUUACAUUGCUGAAUUGAAUUCAGUUCAACUCAAUGAUGCCGAUUUUGGGAAUUUCUUCGCGUUUUCUUCCAAAACCCAUUUCACCUCUUUCUUGUUUCAGGAAUAAUGGAGAUCCCAAUGGCUUACAUGAACAAAGGUUAGAGGGUAAUAAAAAUGAGGACAUGUCCAAGGUAUGUUUGCUUUUGUUUCAAAUAUGUGGUGUCUUUUACAUUCCCCUUUUCUUUUUGUCCUAACCGUCUGAUUCACAAGGGAAGAACACUCUAGUAAUUUGAAUGAGAGGUAAGUAAAGUCUGACCAAUGAUUGUUGCGGUCAAUGUUUGAACUCUAUCAAGUAGAUGAUUGUUCCAGCUAGUGUUCGAAUUCGACCUUCACUGAAACUCAUUAAACACUUGGUUAUCAAGUGUUUCAUUGUUGUUUUUGCAUCCCCCUUUUACUGUUUCUAUCCUAAUUUCUCAAGUGUUUCAUUGCUUUCUUAUUGUUUUUUUCCUUCUUUUUAUUUUAGUCAUUUUCUGAUGGUGAUGAACAAAAUGUGAAACAUGGUAAUAUUUGGCAAUUGUUCAGAGAAGCUCAGCAGAACAUACUAUACUUAAACAAUCAACGCCUCAGUGCCAUUGAGGAACUUCACAAAUCAAAGAAAGAAAAACAGUCCCUAUUGGAUAAGAUAAAGAAAUUGGAAGGAGAAAAGCAGGGGGGUGCUGGCUAUCAAUUUGUUCCGAAUUGCUGCUUCGAAUAGACUCAAUGGUCCUUGGCAGUGUGAUUAGCCCUGCAGAGGCAUCUGAAUUGAGAAGUUUUGUGUUAAACCACAAAGUGAGUGUGGCUGAUGUCUUUAAUGUGGUCUCACAUAAAAGAGAUUCUGAACUACUGGGAGAACUUCGUCACUUUUCAGAUGAAAGCAAAAGGAAUGGUUUUCAUAUUAUUCACAUUUGCACUGAAAUGACACCAUUGGUGCCUAGAGGAUCUGUAGCAUCAUAUGUAACCGGCAUAUCUCGUGCACUUCAAAGAAAAGGCCACCUGGUGGAGGUUAUAUUGCCCAAAUAUGCAUGUUUAGACCUAGAGGAAGUGCAAGGGUUGCGUGAAGUUAAUGUGGAGGCUUACUCAUAUUUUAAUGGUCAAAUACAUGGAAACAAAAUUUGGACUGGAGUUGUUUAUGACAUUGGAGUCACUUUGAUCGAGCCACAGCACUAUUCAUCCUUUUUCAGCCGUGAGAUGAUAUAUGGUUACCCGGAUGAUUUUGAAAGGUUCUCUUACUUUUGUCGUGCCUCAUUGGAUUAUAUAGUAAAAUGUGGGAAGCAGCCCGAUAUACUGCAUCUACAUAACUGGGAGACUGCCAUUGUUGGGCCCCUUUUCUGGGAUAUAUUUGUUAACAAGGGACUGGGAGGAACCAGAAUAUUACUGACAUGCCAUGGCUUCAAUUCACAGGGUAUUGAACAACCAGAUAAACUAGCCUUAUGUGGACUUGAUCCUUCAAGUCUUCAUCGCCCUGACCGUCUGCAAGACAACACUAACACACAACUUGUCAAUAUUUUGAAGGGGGGAGUUGUCUAUUCAAACAGAGUUGUAAUAAUGUCAUCUUUCCAUCCAAAGCAUGCAAUUGUUCGUAAUUUGAGUCAUGAACUGGAACCUACUUUAAAUGUUCAUUGGGACAAGUUGGUCAUUGCUCCUUAUGGAUUCGAUAAAUCAACAUGGGAUCCUUCAACAGACUAUUUUCUUCCAAAAAAAUUUAAUGCUGAAAAUAUGAGUGGAAAAGCUGUUUGCAAAGUUGCAUUGCUGCAGCGGCUGGGGUUAUCUGAACAUUCUUCUAUUACUGUUGUUGGAUGCAAUAUUUCAGAAGGAGCUAAUGUUGAUGAAAAAAAGAUUAAGGAUAUUGCUUUGAAUGCUAAGCAACAGGACGUCCAGUUUAUAUGUAUGUGGACCAGUGAAAGACCAGUCUUGAAUCAGGCAUUAGAUUCACUUCAGAAAGAACUCAAGGAUGAUAAUAUUAAAUUUGUGCGUGCAAAUGAUGAAGCUCUAUUGCAUUUAUUAUUCGCAGGAUCUGACAUUAUAUUGUGUCUAUCUUUUCUUGAUCCCACUGAUGAAAUCCCAAGCCUAUUUCGAUCCUCCUUGAACAAUCUUGCUGUUGUUUCGCUUCCGAGUUUUCAACAGUUAGAGAAUAUAAUAAUAGUUUCUCAAAGAUCUGCUGCCUGCUGUCGCUGCUGGAAAAGUUUUCCGACACAACCACUUCCAUGGAGGCCAGUGAUUGGUGGUGAAUUUGCGAAGGAAAUAGGUAUUUUGCUUAGUGAUCAAAGAAGACGUGAGGUUGAUGAUCAUGAACCUGAGGGUUCUCUGGAUCAACUCCUCCAACUGUUGAGGGUUCUCUGGGUGCAGUUGGUGGGUUAUUUGGUGGUGGUUCUACGGCGUCGGCUGUUGUUUUGGAGUUUUCGGGUAAUGGUUUUGCUUCUGAGGAAGAGAUUAGAUCUGAUCCAGCUUAUCUUUCAUAUUAUAACAGCAAUGUGAAUUUGAAUCCUAGACUUCCACCUCCUUCGUUAUCAAAGGAGGAUUGGAGGUUUACACAGACUAAAAGGUGGAGCUUCUGUAAUUGGUGGAAUUGGUGGUAGGAGGAAAGUGAAUGGAGCUGCUGAUAAUAAUGGGGGUAGAUCAAUCUUUGCUACACCUCCUAGUUUUAACAUGAGGAAAAGAGGGAGUGAGGUGGUGGUUGAUGAAAAAAAAUUAGAGGUUCUGCUGAGUGGAGUGGUGAUGGACUCAUUGGUUUGCCAGGACUUGGUCUUGGGACCAAACAAAAGAGCCUUGCAAAAAAUCUCCAGGAUAACUUGGGACGUGCCACACCUGUCACGGG